GAAGUUAGCAAUAGUUGUAGUAAGAUUUAAAUGAAAUGGGAAGUUAAGUGGGGCUCUUGUGUUGAGUGUUGAGUGUUGAUCCACACUCUCUCGGUGUCUCCGCCUUCUCCUUUUCAUUUAUUCAUUUCUCUUCGAUUAACUCUUCACAGUUGACAGUUGACACAAACAAAAUGGGUUCUCUCCCCAAUGCCCCAACCCUAUCAUUCUCAUCCUCACUCUCCGCCACCACUCUCCUCCCAUGUCGCCGCUUCACCGCAUUCCCUCGCCGCCUCUCUUCCUUCUCCGUGCAAGCCAAGAUCCGCGAAAUCUUCAUGCCCGCGCUCAGCUCCACCAUGACCGAGGGCAAAAUCGUCUCAUGGAUCAAAUCCGAAGGCGACACUCUCUCCAAGGGCGACAGCGUCGUCGUCGUUGAAUCCGACAAGGCCGACAUGGACGUCGAGACCUUCUACGACGGCAUCCUCGCCGCCAUCGUCGUCGCUGACGGCGAGACCGCCCCCGUCGGAGCUCCAAUCGGCUUGCUCGUCGAUUCCCCCGAAGAAGUCGCAGAAGCCAAAGCCAAAGCCGCCAAUUCCGCUCCCUCUCCCGCACCCGCCGCCGCUCCCUCCGCUCCGGCGACUCCUCCUCCGCCUCCUCCUUCUCCUCCGGCGAAGUCCGUUUCUGAUGCCCCGACGAAGACCGUGGCCACGCCUCAGGCCAAGAAGCUCGCCAAGCAGCACAAGGUGGACAUUGCGAAUGUCGUUGGAACCGGUCCGUUUGGGAGGAUUACUCCGGCGGACGUGGAGGCUGCUGCCGGAAUUUCGCCGUCGAAGAGCAAUGUGACUCCGCUGGCAAGUCCUGCUCCGGCGAAAGCUGCUUCUGCCACGCCGUCGCCGGCUCCGAUUCCGGGUUCUAGCGUGGUUGCUUUCUCCACGAUGCAAUCUGCGGUGGCGAAGAACAUGGUGGAGAGUCUCUCUGUGCCUACGUUCCGCGUUGGGUACCCUGUGACUACGGAUGCGUUGGAUGCUCUGUAUGAGAAGGUGAAACCGAAGGGUGUGACUAUGACGGCUAUUUUGGCGAAGGCUGCUGCUAUGGCACUUGUUCAGCACCCGGUUGUGAAUGCCAGCUGCAAAGAUGGCAAGAACUUUGUGUAUAACAGUAACAUCAAUGUUGCUGUUGCUGUGGCUAUCAAUGGUGGUUUGAUCACCCCUGUUCUCCAGGAUGCGGAUAAGUUGGACUUGUAUUUGUUGUCCCAAAAAUGGAAGGAGCUAGUGGACAAAGCUCGUGCAAAGCAGUUGCAACCUCAUGAGUACAAUUCAGGAACUUUCACACUUUCCAAUUUGGGUAUGUUUGGAGUUGACAGAUUUGAUGCCAUACUUCCACCAGGCCAGGGUGCUAUCAUGGCUGUUGGAGCAUCAAAGCCUACUGUUUUGGCUGCUGCAGAUGGAUUCUUCAGCGUGAAAAAUAAAAUGCUGGUUAAUGUGACAGCCGAUCAUCGAAUAAUUUAUGGGGCUGACUUGGCUGCCUUCCUUCAGACAUUCUCAAAAAUCAUUGAAAACCCAGAAAGCCUAACAUUGUAGUCAUUCUGCUCUUAAACAUUAAAUUAUCUCCAUCAGCGUAUCACGAGUCGACGACAGUGUUUGCUGUGAAGCUGUUUGUCUCGAUGUCAAUCAUUUUGUGAUUUUCCCCCUUAACUUUCAUCACGUUUUAUCUUAUAGGAGCUGCCCUGAGAACCUUUGACUUGUUUUUUUUAUACAAACAACUUUGAAAUUGUUUACAGUGAGGGAUGUUGUAAACGGCAAUUGUGUUGAGAAUUUACGUUUAAGCAAUAAGCAGUUUUAAGCGUUCGAUUUUUCAAUAAACAUCUAUACCUUUACUUCUUGAUU